AAUUCCACAUCGACUAAUUUCUAUAGUCGAUGUUGUCGAUUACACCGACUAAUCGUUGCAGCCCUACUGAAACGGCCCUUAUACUGUUGGUCACGUGAUUCAGACUGAUAAUUCUACUGAACUCCGUUUGGAACGUGGAAUGUUGAUGACGUCAUAGCUGUGUGUAUAUACGCUAGGCUCCUCGCGCCAGCUGAUCAGUCCUCUGGAGAACAGCGCAGCGAGACGGACGGAUGAUAAAAUGGACAUUUCUAUGCUAAUAAAGAAACCAAGGGGCACAAAGGUGUUCGUUCCAGAUAAAUAUUCUGUUCAGUUUUCCCGCGGGAAACUGGGACAGAGUCUUUCUCCGGAAACGCAGGAUUUCGACUUGAGAGAUCCUAACAUCACCCGGAAUCUCUGGGAUUACAACUGCCUGCACGAUAAACAUCUAAAAAAAUUCUUCAAACGGCCGGAGAAGAAGAAGAGGCUCGUCCAACUUGGAUUAAUUACUCCGGAUGAGAGGGUGCUGUGCUCCGUAAAGCAGUUUACAAAUUACGUGGAAUAUCUGAGGCACGCACCCCUGAAACAGGAUUCACCAGAAUCCAGCCGGAGGAAGCCCAAAUUAACGAUGACCUGCAUGGAGAAACCCUUCAGCCGGCCGGAGAAGCAGCGCACAAAACCAAAAUUAAUUUAUUAGGAUAAGGAUAACUCCCCCCCCCCCCCCU